AUUAUACUACUAUAGUCUUCAAUCGAUUCAAUAAGUUACAGAGCGUAAUCAAAAAAUUAUUUUUUUUCAGAUUCUUUCUGUUGUAUUUCUACCAAACUUUUCGUGAAUAAUAAUCGGGGAGGGAACUAACGAAGAAGAUGACAAAACAACUUGGCAUCAUUGCCAUAUAAUUUUCCAUCAGGUUGUAUUUGACAGUUGACAUGUUGUUUAUUUAUAAUAUUUAUUGACAGUGACAUAUGAAUUAUGUUUUGCCAUGGUUGAGCAAACAAUUAAAACAAAUUAUAUAUAAAGUAAAAAGAAUUAUUUGCGACUUACCACAUCAAAUAUAAUGGAGGUGUUUACAGAAGAAAAAUUCUGCAAGUAUUGUGGAGAAAAGUUGGUUAUCAGUUUGGAAGAAGGAUUAGAAUGCUCAGAAUGUAAUAGUAAUGUGCAUGUGAAAUGUUUGAGAAGGGGAUCUGCACCAGGAUGUUUAUACGGAGACUUAUUUUUUUCUUUUACUUGCCAAGAAUGUUCUCCAGACAAUACUGAAGUGUUCUCAAGAAUAAAAUUAUCUUGGUUGCAAGCAGUUGCUCUAGUUCUGUAUCACCUUCAGACUAAAUGCCCUCAUUUAGCUAGUAAAGGAUUUUUCCAUUGGAGACAACAUAUUGGCAAAUAUAUAGAAACACACUGGGAAAUAUUAUUUUCAAGGGAAACUAAAAGGAAAAAACAAUGGACUGGAAUGGUAACAGGGACUUUGUCUCGUUACAGUGACUACAUUUUUCUCUCAGGAAAAGCAGCUCUCAAUAAACCAGCAACUUGGACAUUAAUGUACCCAAAACUUACUCCAUAUGCCAUUUCCUGUUUAUAUUCUGUAAUGAUUAUCGAGAAACAGGAAAUGAAAAACAAACAGCAAACUCUUAUUCCAGAUGCUGAUCUUUUUCGGGUAACGGUUCGUAAAUAUAUCAGUCACAAAGAUUGUUUGGAGGUUAUCACAGAUUCACAGAUAUUUUCUGGACCCAAAAAAAGGGCUUUCAAAAAGGUGCAGAAGAUAAGGGAAAUCCAAAAUGCAAAACACAAAAUAAGGAGAAGAAAUAUUGUACCACAUAUUUCUGAAAAGUUUUUUGAUGAGUGUGCUUUGUCUAUUAACGGAAAUCAUAAUGAAGAAAAAUCAUCAGAUGAACAGCCUACAACUAGUUCUUCAGAUUUUUUGGACAACCCUCAAAAUCAUGACAAAGAUGUCAAAGAAGAAUUAUUAGAAUUAGAUCCAAAGUAUCAUUUCAAUACUUGCUUCAUCAAUUAUUCUAAAAUGAAAGGAAUUAGUCUGUAUACUAAAUUGAUGGGAGGACUCGAACCUGAGCCCAUAUUGUCACCGUACAGUGGAAUCCAACUCAAACCUUAUAUCAGAAGAGAUACAGAAACCUUUCCUCCUUGGUUAAAACUAAUGGCAGAGAUUCAAAUCGUGGCGAAUGAGAAAAACAGAAAUUGACAGAAGCGUUGCAAUAUCCAGAUUUCAGCUGCGUUGCUUUGUAUAAGAGACUCGUUGUAGGAUUUGCUUUCGUGGUGCCUGACAUUACAUAUACAGAAAACUAUAUAUCAUUCAUGUUUACGAGACCACAUUGGAGAAAUUGUGGUAUUGGAAGUUUCAUGUUAUAUCAUCUAAUUCAGACUAGCCAAGGCAAAGAUAUUACCCUACAUGUGUCAAUGAACAAUCCAGCUCUUUGUCUUUACGAAAAAUUCGGAUUCGAAAUAGAAAAAGUACAGUUGAAUUUUUAUGACAAGUAUGUGAGAAAAGAUGUAAAUGAUUCAAAAGAUGCUUUUUUUUGUCGCUUGGAAAGGUAA